AUUUAAAGUUCGCCAAACGCCGUUAUUUACGAGGUCCGUACACCAACAAAUACAAAAAUAAGCAACAUUAACUAUGCCGAGCCAAGCGCCAAACACUGCAUUGAAUUUCAAAAUUAAGCUACUGUCCGGCAAUAAUGUGGUGUUGGUCGAUUGCGUCGGAUUCGAGAGCGAGCUCUUUAUGCCACAAAUCAUCAAAGGCCGUAUAACAUUCCAAAACAUAAUACCGAAUCAUCGCUGCUGCAAUGCUGCGGCUGCCAAUGUCCAAACGGGCCAAUUGAUUCUGCCCGCCUCCAAAUUGGGCGAUGUUAAAAUUGUUACUGGUCUUGCAGCUGGCACGGCCAAGAGAUUAAACUAUCGGCCACAAAUUGCCAACAUGACGAUUCCAUUGCCUGGGAGCACUUCUUCAUCCAGCAGCUCAUCGGAGCGACCGAUCAGCAGGGCUGACAAAGAGAAUCUAUCGAUGCAGAGGACGCCCGAACAAGUGCGCUGCAGAGUACCAGCUGGAACUGGCCAGGGUGGUGUCUUGCCUACGUCCUCGCCCAUUUGUCUGGAUGCUUUCGAAACCUCGUCCUCAUCAACUCUGCCCAGUCCGGCGCUGGACUCCUACACCAACAGAACUGUGACUCAGGACUCGCUUAGUAUUAAUCCACCUUCAUCCACUUCCAGUUUCAAUUCGUCCGCAAAGAGCCCAGACUUUGCUCAAUGUAACUUCAUGCACAAAGCCCCACCUAUGCGCACCUAUUCACGGCGCAAGCCGAAUACCAUGGACAUCAACAACAGUAGUGGCGGUUGCAGCAACAGCGCCAGCGUCAGCCAUCCGAAGUCUCCGCUUGCCUGGAGAAAGAAGAAACUGACAAAGGUAUCGUCGACAAAGCCGCCGAGUCCCUGCAUGAAAUUGGAGCUGCGUCGUCGUAAGCUAAUUGUGGAUCAGAAAAAGUCUCUGCCCAAGCAUACGCAGACGAAGGCUACAUCGACGCCCAUUACGACGACUAAAAUACGUCGGAAGCAGGUGUCGGGCAAGACACGGCAGCAGUUCGACGCACUGAAGGGCACCGCCUUCGAUAUGCUUACCUCCAUGGGACACAGUCACGUCUCUGCCCAGCUGGCCAAACAAUUUAAAGAAGCUUGCGUAGAGAAGUACUCGGAAGCUUUGCCGAGCUACGCGGAGCUAUCCGGCACGCGCCCAUUGGAGCACGAUCGUCAGGUCAGGUCGUUAAUAGCAAAGGCGAAGCGCCUGGAUAAGCAAAUGUCCAAAUCAGAAAAAGUGCAACUAAAAAGAAAACGAAUGUAGAUCCUGCUAGAGUACUAUAGGAUUAUACGCGAUUUCUUAAAAAAAAAGAUCAUUAUAAAACAACGUAAAAGAUUUAAAAAAAAAAAAAUAAAAAUCGGGUCACACGCGACUGCUGGAAAGGAAAAGAAUUUAGCACACACUGCAGUGUCCGAAGCAAACCAAAGGCGGUUGGUGAAAAGAAUAGAAAUAUGGUUAGAUCAAUGAGGUUGCUGAAAAUAACAAGAUUUUAGCACAUACUUCAUUGCACGACUUUCAAAGCGGUUGGUGAAAAGGAUAUCAAUAUAGUUGAUGCCAAGGAAAUGGAAACGUCUAAAAAAGAAAUGAACUAAAUUUAUAUAUACAGUCAGAGCCUAUGGCUAUUUAGUAAGUCUUCAAAGUCUGAGCAAAGGCGGUUGAUGAAAAGAAUAAUAAUUUAGCUCAUGCCUGACUGCUGCAAAUUAAAGAAUUUAGUUCAUUUUCUGCAUUACAUUUUCUCAUUACAAUUGAAAAAAAUGUGCAUCGAUUAUAAAUGGGGCAAAUAUAUAUAUGUCUAUUCUACAAAUCAUAAUUAUUAUUAUUAUUAUACAUAUCUAUUUAAGUGGAGUAAGUCAUAUAAAACAUAGUCAAAUUCGAGGAAUGGCCAACGGGCAGCAGUAUUUAGAAUUCUAAUUUCGUAUUGUUAAGGACUAAAGACUAAACUAAACUAAGCUAACAUUUAAGGAUAGCAUUACACAUUGGUAUACCAAAAAAAAUAAAAUAAAUAAAUAAACAAAAAGGAA